CGUUCUCUUUUUGCUUUGUGGUGUUUGGGCGACUGAAAAUUACAGUCUGUCCAAGUACCAGAGUGGCAGAAGCGUCUACUAAGUGACAGGACAUAUUGCAAAAAGUGCAAAAUGAGUAGCUUACCAGGUAUUCAAAAUGAGGAUGUAAAGCAGUACAAGCAGUCAUUUCUGUCUGAUCCGAAAAAUAGACUUGCCAGGAAUGUAUGUUCUAAACAAGAUUUAUGGGAUGUGUGUAAAAAUCCAGAUGUUAUACAUACCACCCCUCAUGUAUUCAACUGUAAGGUAUCUGAGGGUAAGCCAAUGACAAACCAGAAGAGCUCAGGGAGAUGUUGGAUAUUUGCUUGUUUAAAUGUUAUAAGAAGCAAAUGCAUGAGCCAGUUUAAAGUUGAAAAUCUUGAGUUUAGUCAGAAUUACCUCUUCUUCUGGGACAAGGUUGAGAGAGCUAACUACAAUCUUCAGUGUUACGUACAAUGUGCACGUAAAGGUGAGACAGCUGAUGGCCGAUUGGUUCACCACCUAUUAUUUAACCCUGCUGAAGAUGGAGGCCAGUGGGAUAUGAUGAUCAAUCUAAUAGAGAAGUAUGGUAUCGUACCUAAAACCUGCUGUCCUGAUGCUCAAAGUGCUGAAGCUUCUGUCAAGUUCAAUAGGCUCAUCAAUAAUAAAAUGAGAGAGUUCUGUAACUGUCUUCAAACUAUGGUUAAAGAUGGGGCAUCAGAAGCUAAGGUACAAGCAGAAAAAACCAGGAUGAUGGAACAGAUAUACAGGAUAGCAGCUACAUGUUUAGGGACACCAUCAGAGACCUUCACUUGGGAAUUCUAUGACCUAGAAAAGAAUUAUGUCAAAAUUGGACCAAUCAAACCAGUAGAUUUCUACCGACAAUACAUCAAACCAAUCUAUAAUAUGGAGGAUAAGGUGUGUAUAGUAAACGAUCCUCGCCCAAACCAUUCCUACGGCAAACUGUAUACCGUAGACUACCUAGGAAAUAUGACUGGUGGACGACCAGUUCUUUAUAUCAAUCAACCAAUUGAAGUUUUGAAGAAGGUCACAAUAUCUUCUCUCAAAGAUGAUGAGGCAGUGUGGUUUGGAUGUGAUGUAGGCAAAUGCUUUUAUAGACAAGCAGGCUUACUAGAUUUAGAUGUAUUAGAUUUAGACCUAGUGUUUGGUACCAACAUGCUAGGCAUGUCUAAAGCAGACAGACUGAUCUAUGGAGAAUCUUUGAUGACUCAUGCAAUGACCCUUACAGCUGCACAAGUUGAAGAGGGUUCUGAUAGUAAAGCUACCAGGUGGAGAGUAGAAAACUCCUGGGGUGAUACUGAUGGAGACAAAGGUUACAUAGCAAUGUCAGAUAACUGGUUCUCUGAGUUUGUCUAUGAAGUUGUGGUAGAUAAGAAAUAUCUAACAUCAGAUAUGCUAGACGUACUCAAACAAACACCAGUUGUUCUACCAGCCUGGGAUCCCAUGGGAGCACUAGCUUAAUGAUUCAUUAACAUUUAGAUAACAAUAUUCCAGUAGUAUAGUGUUGUAGACUUCUUUUACUCUAAUGAAUGAUAACUCUGUAGAAUUUGUACUGUCUCAUUUUCACAAUGGGCUUUUCUAGGAAAUAUGUAGAGGACAACAAUUUUUAAGAUUUUGUAGUAAUCUUAAUAAAUGACUCUUUUCUGAUAAAUCAAUUAAACUAUUCACUUUAAAAUUACUUUUGUUUGGGGAACAGUUUAUGUGAGAAAAUAUAUAUUCAAAUAAUCUAUCAACAUUUACUAUUAAUUGUUUUUUUUAUAACACAAUACUGUGGAUUCAUUAAUAUUCGUUGGAUACCAAUUUUGUGGAUUUUGUGGGGACAGGAGAACCACGAAUUCAAAUGUUCAACGAAAUACAAAUUUUGAAAAGGAAUGAGUGUAGACUUUGCCAAAACCAGGAAAUUAAAUAUCCACGAAUAUGUAAGUUUUCCUCAAACCACGAAAAUUGGUAACCACGAAAAAUAAAUGAAUCCACAGUACUACAAUUGAGAACUCACUGGUUCAUUUGAUUGGAUAGAUAAAUAUGUUUGCUUUCAUUUUUAACUUCAUUCAACAAAACAGCAAACAAAUAUUACUUUAUCAUAAUUAUAUUAAUUGAAGAUAACAUAUUCAUAUCAACAAAUUGAAGGAUAUAGCCUGAUGCUUGUGAUUAAAUUAUAGAAUAUGAAUAUGUAUGAAACAUAUUAUAUUCUGUCUAUAUUGAGUCCUAGUCAUGAGGUUAGAGUAUGCUGGUGUUGUGAUAU